AUUCAAAAUGCGCUGAAGCAGGCAACCAUUGAUAGCAACUCACAAGUUGGCUCCAUAUUCCACAUUUUGCAAACAAAGGAAUCACCACCAACCUACUUCAAUACAAACAAAUUUACAUCUGCAUUUCAGGAAAUUGUAGAUGCAUAUGGUGUCGCGAAGUAUCGAGAAACAAAUCCUGGUGUUUACACAAUUAUUACAUUCCCUUUUCUUUUUGCUGUCAUGUUUGGUGAUUGGGGCCAUGGUAUAUGCUUGUUGUUGGCGACAUUGUACUUCAUAGUAAGGGAAAAGAAAUUUUCCAGCCAGAAGCUUGGAGAUAUAGUAGAAAUGACUUUUGGGGGUCGUUAUGUGAUUAUGAUGAUGGCACUGUUCUCAAUCUAUACUGGAUUAAUAUAUAAUGAAUUCUUCUCCAUCCCUUUUGAACUAUUUGGGCCCUCUGCCUAUGGAUGUCGUGACCCUUCCUGCAGGGAUGCUUCUACAGUGGGUUUAACCAAAGUGCGUGCCCCUUAUCCAUUUGGCAUUGACCCUCGGUGGCAUGGUACUCGGACUGAAUUACCAUUUCUUAACUCAUUGAAGAUGAAGAUGUCAAUAUUGUUGGGCGUGGCUCAAAUGAAUCUAGGAAUUAUUUUAAGCUAUUUCAAUGCAAAAUUCUUCAGAAAUGAUUUAAAUAUCUGGUACCAAUUUGUUCCACAGAUGAUAUUCUUAAACAGCCUGUUUGGCUACCUUUCACUCCUCAUAAUUGUGAAAUGGUGCACUGGUUCACAAGCUGAUCUUUAUCACGUAAUGAUAUACAUGUUCCUCAAACCCACCGAGGAUCUAGGAGACAACCAGCUUUUUUUUGGACAAAAGUUUCUUCAGAUUUUGUUGCUGCUUUUGGCCAUUGUUGCUGUUCCAUGGAUGCUCUUUCCCAAGCCUUUUCUUUUGAAGGAGCAACACGAAGAAAGACACCGUGGUCAAUCCUAUGCAUUACUUCAUAAUUUUGAUGAUCCUCUUGAAAUGGAGCCUUGUGAUGAUUCCCAUAACCAUGAGAAAUUUGUGUUCAGUGAGAUCUUUGUACAUCAGCUUAUACACACCAUAGAGUUUGUACUUGGAGCUGUCUCCAACACAGCUUCAUAUUUACGUUUAUGGGCCCUCAGCCUUGCUCAUUCUGAGUUGUCAAGUGUGUUCUAUGACAAGGUUUUACUUCUUGCCUGGGGGUUCAACAAUGUCAUCAUUCUUAUUGUUGGUAUUGUUGUAUUUAUUUUUGCGACUGUGGGUGUUCUACUAGUAAUGGAAACCCUAAGUGCGUUCUUGCAUGCAUUGCGUCUUCAUUGGGUGGAAUUCCAGAACAAGUUCUACGAGGGUGAUGGUUAUAAAUUCCAGCCAUUUUCAUUUGCAUCACUCAAGAGGAUGAUGAAUGUUGUGUUGUUUGAAACUUGAUUACAGACUUAAAUAUGGGAAAAAAAAUUUGAUCGAGGUAAAUUUAUUACAGUAUACGAAUAUAAUCAAGGCAAUGCUUUUGUUUUAGAUAAUAGAUAUUUGGGAUGAGAAAAUGAAGUGGCAGGCAAGUGUUCUUUUCCACGAGUCUCUGGUUUUCUCUGCCAAGUGUUUGAUUCUUCAUACAUAUAAGGACCCUUACAGGCCGGGUUGCUAAUGUGUAUGCCGCACAUCUUUGUUAUUGGGGUUUGAUUAUGCAAGGUGUAAGGAAGCUGUAUUUUUGGGAUGAGAAAACGAAAGAAGUGGCAGGAAGGUUUGGUAGGACACAACUCUUCAUACAAUCAGGAGGCUUACAGUCUGGGUGGCUAACGUGUAAGCUGACGGAUCUUUGUUAUUGCUGAUUUGAUUAUGAUCAGGUGUAACAAAGCAGCAUAUCAGGUUUAGAAGAAAGUUUAUUCUACUGUAGAGCUCUUUGAAGUUAAUUUGUCAUUUUAAGUAUAAAUAUUUAUUAUGAUUAACAUUAGUAGAGAAAUCAUGGUGAAAAUGAUAUUAAAUCCGACAAAAGAGGCGCUGAUGCUUCUUUCAAGAGAGUUAUGAUGUCUUGCGAUAAAUUUAACCUUUUUUUCAGGUAUGUGAGAUGGAAACUUGGCUUGGUUUA